GUGAGUUUCUCCUGGCCCUGCGCAAGAAAGUCAGUCGGAAGUCACGGAAUUCGGAGAAACCAACGUACCUGCUAAUGGUCCAAAAAUUCGAUAUCACCAUCUAUUGAGUCCAGUUUCACCUUGCGAACGCUCUCUCCGCGUGCACGGAGGACGUCCUCGAUAUUCUUGAGUUUCCCAUCUUCCAUAGUAUCCUUGAACCAACCAAGAUUAUCAGCGAUAAGAUGGCGAUUCUUACAGUUGGGACACUGAAUAAUCACGACGCCGCUAGCAUAGGCACGCUUCGUGAAUGAAUGUGCAGAACGAUGGUUACAUUUGUCCACUGUACAGGUAAACGCAAUGAGCAGCCGUGGUUCAGGUGGGUCGGCAUCAGACUGUUUUGAAGUCGGCGAGGAGGUUGUGGAGAGUUUCGUGGUAUCUGUGUUAGGUUGUUCUGGUGUUGCUUUGGAAGCAAUUGCCCGAAUGCUAUCUGCGGGCCGUAGUCUUGACCGCGCAGCUACUACUGCCCUGGCCGAUGCCGCACGGUACAGUGAAUGCGGUUGUUUUUGGGGGCGGAGGUUGAAAGGAAACGGGACACGCGCUUGUGGCGUGUAUCCGCGGCUUGUAACUGGCAAUAUGGCAGAGCGAUCGCGCCGAACGAAGGGAAAUACGGACAAGUUUGCAGCGUACAAACGCGUACGAGAAGGCGGGAAAAGGGACUGGAAGGUCGAUGAGGACGUCGCGCUAUACGACGAGGUCACCGAAGACCAGUACAAGAGUAUCGUGCGGGGAAGACUGCAGGAGGACGAUUUCGUCGUUGACGAUGGCGUGAGCGGUUACAUGGACAACGGGAUGGACGAUUGGGGUCACAACGAUGUGGACGAGGACGAGAAAGAGGAACGAUCACACUCAACCAGGAAAUCUAAGAAGAGAACUGGGGAUGCUGUCGCCAAGUCGAAGGCAAAAUCAAAGGCUCCACCCCCGCCCGUCGCGCAGCCUUCGAUCAGCGCGUAUCGUCCAGCCGUAUCCGCCGAACAGGAAGAUGAUUUUAUGGCGAACCUUCUCGGAGGCAUCGAGUCAGGUCCAAGUCUCACUCCAAAGAGGACAAUGAAAAGGAAACCCUCGCCGUUGUCUGAUUAUGACGACGUGAAACCUGCUCUCAAUUCUUCGCCUGUUCCGUACAGAGAACGGAAGAGUUCUAAGAACUUUAACCACGACCCUUACUCAUCUGAUGGUAUGCCUGACGACUUAGGUUCAUCUAAUCCACCCUCCAGUGACUACGAGGACUACUCAACCAUGCUGAGUCCCAAGAAGAAAGCACGUGUCGACAAAGACUCUACCGCAGUGAUUCCCGCUAUCAAACGCAUGGGUGAACUAGCUAUGCACAGCGGUUCGGAAGACGCGUCAAUGGAUUUUGAUGAUGUCGACAUGGAGGAGUUCAUGAAAAUCGACGACAUCGAUGAGAAGCCUACCCUUCCCAUUAAGAAAGAAUUGCCUGCAACAAAGCUGGAUUCGAAGCCGAUCCCUAAGAUUGAUGUGGCAAAACAGGAGGCUGGUGUUCCUUCCUGGCUUUCCGUCUACGACUCCCUUGCUGUCACCACCGAUGACAUGCUAGGGUCAGGUUCCUCAUCAAAGUCAAAAUCUUCCGUAGAUGCGCUCAAUAAGGAUGGAACCCUCCAUAUGUUCUGGCUUGAUCAUCUGGAACACAAUGGCAAGCUCUACCUCGUUGGCAAAGUGAAAGACAAAUCUUCUGGUACAUGGGUGUCGGCCUGUCUCGCUAUCGGGGGGAUGCAACGCAACCUCUUUGUUCUUCCUCGUCAGCUACGAGUCAUGGAACAAGAAAAUGAGGCAGGCGAAACCGAAAUAGUGGACACGGACGUCGUCCCAGAGAGGCAGGACGUCUACGACGAUUUCGAUCGCAUACGUAGGAAAUUGGGUAUCAAAGCAUGGAAGGCACGCUGGGUCAAACGGAAGUAUGCCUUCGACAUGAAGGACGUUCCUAAGGAGGCCGAAUGGAUGAAAGUUUUGUACUCGUAUGAAGAGAGCCAGAUUCCUAUGGAUGCCUGCUCGCCAAAUAUCUUUCGAAUCUUCGGGACGAACACGAGUAUCUUCGAAAUCUUUGUUCUAAAACGCAAAAUCAUGGGUCCCUGUUGGCUGGCAAUCAAGGACGUCAAUAUCGAUGCCUCUGGGAUUUCAUGGUGCAAGCUUGAAGCCAGCGUCUCCAGUCCAAAAGACGUGAGCCCCAUGGGUGACGGCGCCCCAGAACCACCGCCCCUCACUAUCAUGAGUCUUGCUGUGCGAACUGUCCUUAACCACCAAGAAAACAAGCGUGAAAUAGUUUGUGUCUCUGGUCGAAUAUGGCGCGACGUGCGGCUGGAUGACCCAACGCCUCCGGAACAGUUGCAAUGCACCGUUCAUACCCUCGUUCGCCCGCUCGACAGGUUCCCACCCAAAUUCGAAGAAUACGCCAGAGCCAAUGGCAGAAGUAUAAUUUCCCCGAUGCAGAACGAACGUAUGCUUUUAAAUAACCUCUUGAUGACGAUAUACAAAGCGGAUCCCGACGUAUUGAUCGGGCACGAUUUCCUCGGAGUGUCAUUAGAUGUCCUCCUUAGCCGAAUGAAGGAUACCAAGACUGAUCACUGGUCACGUCUCGGUCGGUUCAGGAGGGCGAAGUGGAUCCCUAUCGGUAGACAAGGUACCAACAUCCGGUUCAUGGCCGGUCGUUUACUCUGCGAUCUCGCCAGCGAAGGUGCACGCAGCAUGAUCGCAUCCACGACGUGGUCUCUUACCGAGAUGUGCAAGUCGCACCUCAAGUCUGACAGGCAGGAUAUCGAUGCAGAUGAUACUGCGACAUACUUCGACGGGAGCUUGUCGUCGCCGGAUAUGCUUAUGACGUUCGUGCGACACUGUGAACUUGACGCUCACUACCAGAUGGCUAUCGCGUCUAAAGUGCAAAUUCUCCCUCUGACGAAACAGCUCACUAACCUUGCUGGUAAUGCUUGGAACAAGACCCUAAACGGUGGUCGUGCAGAGCGGAACGAAUACAUUCUUCUGCACGAAUUUCAUAGACUGAAAUACAUCUGCCCUGACAAGACUUUUGGUAAAAAAGCUCCCAAGCCCGACCCGGACGCUGAUGAGGACGGCGAAGGAGGAGGCGGUAAAGGAGGUAAGAGCAGACGCGACAAAUAUAAAGGUGGAUUGGUGUUCGAACCGAAGCGUGGUUUGUGGGACAAGUAUAUCCUCGUCAUGGACUUCAACUCGCUAUACCCGAGCAUUAUCCAGGAGUACAACAUUGAUUUCACCACAGUCGAUCGGUCAGAUAAUGACGCGGACGAGACAAUACCAGAUCCCCCUGAUUCACAUAUUCCACAAGGUGUCUUGCCGAGACUUAUUGCAACCUUAGUCCAACGUCGACGGCAAGUCAAAUCGCUGAUGAAAGACCGCUCGGUACCACACGCCAAACUCCUUCAAUACGACAUCAAGCAACAAGCGUUAAAGUUGACGGCGAACAGUAUGUAUGGGUGUCUGGGUUUCGAGUACUCCCGGUUCUACGCCCGCCCUCUCGCUGCGUUGACGACCUUCAAGGGUCGAGAGAUUCUUACGCAUACACGCGAACUGGCGGAAACUCUGCAGCUCGAUGUGGUGUACGGAGACACCGACUCCGUCUUCGUCAAUUCGAACGUGACAGAGCUCUCGGAGGCCCUCAAGAUAUCCGCAGAAUUCAAGCGAGCCGUCAACAAUCAAUACAAACUUCUCGAGAUCGACCUUGACGGCAUAUUUGCACGACUCCUGCUUCUGCAGAAAAAGAAGUAUGCAGCGCUUAAAGUUGAGGAAGGAACACGUACGUCAAUUGAGGUCAAAGGUUUAGAUAUGAAGCGCAGGGAGUAUUGCGCGCUGUCGAAGAAUGUUUCACAGUAUGUGCUGGAUCAAAUUUUGUCAGGCGAGGCGACCGAAUUCGUCGUGCAAAAUAUCCACGAGUACUUAACUACGAUCGGUUUGAACGUACGGAGUGGCAAGGUCAAUGUAGAGGAGUUUAUCAUUCACAAGCGACUGGGCAAAAACCCGGAAGAUUACCCCGAUGCUAAGAGUCAACCUCAUGUCCAAGUUGCGCUUCGUAUGAAGGCCAAAGGCGGUAGUGCCCGAUCCGGAGAUGUCAUUCCUUAUGUCUUCUGUAUCGGAAAUGGCGAGGAGCCCUCGAAAACCGCGCAGGCUGACCGUGCGAGGCAUCCGGAUGAAUUGAAGAAAGCGGCACCUGGAGAGUUGGACAUUGACUACGAGCAUUACCUUGCCAACCAGAUAUUACCACCCAUCGAACGCCUGUGUGAUCCAAUUGAAGGAACGGACAGAACUCGGCUAGCUGAGUGCCUAGGGCUCGACCCGAGUCGUUACCGAACUGCUGGGAGCGGAGGCGGAGGCCCAGCAUUCGCUACCCUCGAGUCACAGAUCCCAGAUUCUGAGCGGUUCAAGGAUUGUCAGCCCUUCUUUAUUCGGUGUAGAAAAUGUAAGGGCGAGGCUGAAUUCAGACCGAUCUGGGAGCGAGAAUCCUCGGUUGUACAGCCCACUGGUCCUGCUUGCCUAGCGUGCGAGAGCCAGUUCCCGACUAUAAGUUUACAGACGCAGCUAGAGGUGCAAAUACGGGCACGCAUCGCACAGUACUAUUUGGCCUGGCUUAUAUGUGGUGACUCGACAUGUGCGAAUCGCACCCGGUCUAUGAAAGUGUACGGUCGUCGGUGCCUCCGGCUCGGGUGUGAGGGGAUCAUGCGAUACGAAUACUCGGAUGCGGACCUGUACAAUCAACUAAAAUAUUUCCAGAGUCUGUUCGACGCCGACAAAGCGAAAAAAGCUGCCCUCGGCAGUGGGGGCUCCGACGCAGUCGCGGAGAUCACGGGUAAUGAAAUCUGCAUUCAGUUCUUUAAAGAUAUGAAUGAGAUCGUUGACAAGUAUCUCGAACGAUGUGGGAGGCGCUGGGUUGAUCUCAACGCCCUAUUUUCCGGCAUGAAACUAUGACCA